GAGGUUGGCGGCCAGGCAAGACGGUGGUUGCUGUUAACUUUUUGUGGCAUUGCCAGUUGAUUGGAUUGCCAAGAGAUGAACCUGUGUGCGUGUGUGUGUGUGUGUCUCCUUCUGUGUACGGCAUGUGAUUUAUGAGUCCCCAACGUUGAUAUCGUAUAUACAUACAUAUAUAUAGAAGACGAUAUACAAUAGAUACAUUGUGAUUAGCCAGGAGGGUGCUGCCAAUAGAAACCAACUUGCAGUUCUUCAGCCUCCAUGUGAAUUUCGCAGUUCUCACGGAUAUACAUGACUGCGAUAAGGGUAGUUAGCUUCCCCUAAUGUUUUCAUAUGUGUACUUUCCGGGUGGACCGAUGAUCAAUAUAGGGUUAAAGCUAAAGAAGAUGUGAGUCAAAUAUAGGAAUAGAGGUAUUUAACUGAAAUAUUGAGGAUAGAUGAAGAGCAAAGGACAGGAACUUCCACUUGUAAGAGUAGCUUUUCUUAUUUUCAAAGUUCAUUUUUCUCAAACAGAUGGUCAAAAGGCUCUAGAGAGGAAUUUCAAAUGAUUUCUCAGGGGUAGGAAAAUAUUUUGGUAAAACUUAAUGAACGGGUCUUUAUAACAGUAUCUACAUAUAACUCUUGACUCAUAUAAUACUAAUACUAUACGAUUAUAUGGACUUUUGAAUUUAGUUAGUUCCCCGACAAUCGGGAGGAUUUUGGAUUAUGAAAAGGGAACACCGAAAAAGGGUAAAAUUUAGAGAUCGUAACAGGCGCUGAUAUUAUGUGUGUGGAGUAGCUCGUUUCGAUCUAAUUGUUUUUUCAUAACUUUAGGCAACUGCAGAGCCUUGGGAAGUCAUACAAAUUUCUAAAUAUACAAAAUCCCUUAUCAUAUUGCGCAAAGUUCUCAUCAAUCAGAAUGCAAACGGCUGCCGAGCAGUUAUUCACUUGCGGCUUCGAAGUCUUCGGCGAGGUGCAGGGCGUUCGCAUGCGCAAGGCGACCCGCUCUCUGGCCCUGCUGAACGGGGUGCGCGGCUGGGUGAUGAACACGGAUCGUGGCACUGUGAUUGGCGAGCUGGAAGGCACGCUGCCCAAGCUCAACACGGUCAAGUUCUGGCUGCUCUGCUACGGCAGCGAGAAGGCGGUCAUUGAGCGAGCGACUUUCACGCCCACCCGGGAGAUUCCGGUGCACAGCUUCGACAACUUCACCAUACGUUAUCAUGCGUCGGAUCGCAGGCUGUCUGUGAUCUAAGGAGAGAUCGGCCAGGUGUAUUCUGCUAUACGGUUUUUGGCGUUGACGAAAUUCAAAUUCAUUGUUAAUCGUUACUUUUAUUUGUGUCUGUGUGUGUGUAUUGGGAUUACAAUUAAAACCUGCUUUAGAUCCUGAGUAGCUCGGACAACCCCCA